CCACAGAGGAAGAAGGUGACAGGAUCUUCACCGAACUGCUCAGCUUUAUACGGAGAAGCCACACAGAGAUAAUUACGCUGGUCUAAAGUCAGAUGACCACGGAGCAGAACCGGAUUCAGGGACAUUCGCAAGAUCUGGAACAAGAGAUCUCAAAGUUGAAGAGAAAACAGUCCGAGGUGGAGCAGCUUUCACAUACUGAUGAUCACAUCUAUUUCCUCCAGGAGGUCCAAUCCCGCUGGCCGACUUCUAAUGACUUCCAAAGCCUGACAACUAAUCCACAGUUCUCUUUUGGAGAAGUGAUCAAGUCCCUCACCUCAUUAACAGCACAUAUAAAGGACAUUUGGAGACUGGAAACAACCCGGAUAUUCUCAGCAGUGACUGCAGAAAAGAGCCUACUGCCGCAAGAACCCAAGACGAGGGAGGACUUUAUACAGUUUCUGGUUCCCUUGAGUCUGGACCCAAACACGGCCCACAGGAACCUUCGGUUAACAGAACAGAACCAGGCUGUGGCUUGCAGUAUUGAGCCCCAAUCAUAUCCAGAACAUCCGGACCGCUUUGAGUGGUGGGCCCAGGUGCUGAGCAAGGAAGGUCUGACAGGUCGCUGCUACUGGGAGGUGGUCUGGAGCGGACAGUACGGCGUCGACCUCGCAGUGUCAUACAAAGACAUCAACAGAACUGGGCAAGGAGACGACAGUGGGUUUGGGUACAACAGGCACUCCUGGAGUCUGGACUGUUCCAUGUUCAGAUACGCACUAGUGCACAACAACGAGGAGACGGAGAUCAGUGUACACCUGUCCCACCGGAUCGGGGUGUAUCUGGACCACCGGGCAGGACAGCUGUCCUUCUACAGUGUCUCAGAUACCAUGAUCCUCCUUCACAAAGUCCAGACCAGGUUCACUCAACCUCUUUAUCCAGGAUUUGGGCUCUUUCAGGGCUCAACUGCAAAAUUUUGUGAGCCGCAAGAAGGCGGAUCACCGCAAGUAGUUAACAGAACCAAGAACAACAAAACUUGUAUAAAUCACAGAUGCUUAAGAACAGCCAUGAAGAGUAACAAAUAUCUCAGAUUUGGAAAGCGAGGUGCCAGCAGUCCUAAAUAAAAAUUUCCUGUCCUGAAAAUUUGUCCAGAAUAAAACCAUUGUCCUGAAUAAAAAACAAAUGGGGGCAUCACAGCACUGCUGCAAAAAUGAACUCAAUACAACACUUCUGUUUAGGUGAAAACCACAUAAUAAAUUAAUAAAUCUGACCAUCUGUUCGUAGCUUGAUGCUUUAGGGAAUCUGUUUAGAAGGUAGUGCACACUGCACUUGUGUUAUCCAUUUACAUUUGUUUUACAUUUCAUUUAUGACAUUUAAGGCAAAAGUGCUUUAGCGUCACAUAAUAUGACACUGCUUUUGAUGUUCAUAUCUGUGAUGUCUUUUGAUGGUAAAUUAAAGGUAGGA